AAAUAGCUGACGAAAACGCCAUCUACAAAGUCUUGCGCGGACACUACAGCAGGGCACAUGAAACUGAACAGUUGGUCAAAGAAUCAGGAGCAAUAUGGACUGACAAGAUACUGUCACCCUGGGUUUGGUUGAUUGGUAUAUAAGUAGUCUUUGUUUUAGUUCAGCUACACUAUUGUUGUUUGGUUGACCAGGUCCCCUGAGAACGAAUGGAUCGUGUCUCAUAACCUAAAUGUCAGGUAAUGAUAGCGCUAUGCCCUUUUUCGGCGAUUAAAUGUCAGAGUAUUCCAUGUAUACUAUUAAUAAAAUGUGAUUUAUUUUCAAGGGCAAUUUACAUAGUUGACUAUUGCUCAUACAACAUGUAUAUAUGUCAGGCACUUAUAAAUGGGAUUCUUGAAUGUACCUGCGCUGGUUCGCUCCCAACGUAAAUUAAAAUAUUUGUUUUUAUACUUCAAGUGUAUUUUUUCUGCAAAUUCAGUAUCAAUGAGUAAAAUGAUUAUAAUAGAAGUGUUUUCAGAUGUAUUACCGGGGGAAAUUGGUGCCAAAACUUAAGCGAGUCCCUUUAAAGCAGUAGCCUAUUCACUAGACAUUUUUGCUUUCGCCAACUUAGUUGUUUAAGAACUUCAUAUGAUUCAUAACAGUUCAUGUGCAAUUUUUCUAAUAUGUAUACAUUUACAGUCGAAUAUAAACAUAUGAUCUUCCAUAUGAUACGUUUAGAUGGCAAAUAUUCUAUUACACUGUUUAAGUGAGAGAACCAAACAUUCAUUUUACACAUGUAUGCAUUAUAGUACAAAAGUAUAUGAAGCAACAGAAAAUCAAUAGUCGUCUGAAUGAUGUAUCAUAAUCAGGGACUUUUUGUUCUGACUAUUAUGUCCUGUAAUUUGAAAACCUUCAUAACAUUAAUAAGUCAUGUUGUUAAAAUACACAAUUCCAUUUAAUCGCAUAGAAACACUCAUUGUACCCAUUGUUUUAUUUACGGUGUACGUAAAACGUUUACGUUUGACGUUUUAGAGCCAAUCUGUGGUCCACAAAUGUUAGUGUUAAUUUAGGGUAGUUCAGGUUGAUUGCAUUUAUUUAUAAGUUGCCUCAUAACAAUCAAAAACAAGAGAGGGAAAUAUUAUCUUAUCACUAUUAUUGCAUUAUAUAAGCGCAAUUUAAAUAUUUAUUAUACUUACAUUGAAAAAAAUAUUUAUUAUUCUAGACACUCUCUAUUAAAGUUGCUUGUUGGACGUUUCUUCAUUCCAUUUUACAUAACUGAAUAAGUUAGUGUCGUUUUAUUUUGUCGUUGUCACCAUGCGAGUAAAAUAAAACAACGUGAUUUUUUUCCUUUUUUUGAAACGUAAAACGCAAUCAAAUUCACUGUCUACUCAGUUAGUCUUUGUUAGCUAUUAUUAACCUGAACUCACCGCGAUCUAAAUAUAUCGACAGCCCUAUAGCUACUAUGCACCCACAUCUACUGACCCAGUUAUUAAGCUGUCAUAUAUGCUCUAUAUCAUGAUAAAAUUAACAUACGAGGAAACUUUUAUUAUAAAAACAUUUUGAUGGCACACGCAGUUUAAACACCAUUUAUAUUUUUAUUAUUUGUGAGAAUAUUCAUUCAUGAACGAUACGGGCUUCUAAAAACGGCUAACACCGUGUUCACUGCUUACGUGGAUAAGCCAUAGCUCCCAGAGUUUUGUGCGAUACUAGGGUAGGUCACAGUAAUAGUAUCUAGCAAGUUACAGAACAAUUCCCAAAAACUUCCAUUUAGAUUUUAAAAAAAUCCUAAUUAAAAGUCAUAUUAAUCUUGAGCGUCAUGGUCGUGGCUCACGAACAUAUGUCAGGUACUAGUUUACUUAAUGAACUGUCCUUGUUUUAUAUUGAACUAUAUAAGGGAAACCGUUAAAAACAUCUUCUUCAAAACGACGAGGCCGCAACCAUCAACUUUCUUAGCAAACACCGCCCUCCUCAGCAUGCUCAAAUUUUGUUUGAAACAUGUUUUUUUCUAAGCAUAUGACUUCCUUAGCAGCAGUCCCUACCUUGAUAACCAUGCAUCCCCUUAGCAGCCAUCAAUUUCUUAGAAACCAUAUUUGUUUUUAGUAACCGGCAAUGACUACAUCAACCAUGGCUUGCUUCCCUAUAAACCAUCACAUUCUUUAGCAGCCCUGGAUGUAUUAAACACCAACCACUACCUUUCUUAGCAACCACAUUUUGUGUAAGCAACUAACGACUUCCUUAGCAAUAGCUAGCUUCACUAUUUUCUCCAGGUACCCAGGUGAGUAAUACGGACAUAUUUAUGAACUUCAAAAGUAUAAAAUGUGUUUGUGUCAAACGAAAAGUCACAUUGUUUAAGUAGUUUCAGCUAGAAUUGAUUGUUACCAAACCAAACUUAGUUUGAAUUGGGUUGUUUUAGAGUCAUCAUACUGUUGCUCGUUCAGUAUAUCAGUUCGGUUUUUGGUCUAUUGCAAAACAAAUCUGCAAAGUGCCUAUAUGCCGGAGUACUGGCAGUACAUAUAUUGUUAAACGGUUUGUAUAUGCAUAUACAGAAACAAAACCAAUGUUCAAACUCCGGUUCAGAACUGAGAUGCGUCUUCUGUCAUACAAACAGGUGCAGCCUUGUUUGCUGUGCGUCCUAACAUUUAUGACGGUUUAUACGAGUACACCAUGUUGGACACACACUGAGGCAGGAAUGCAUUAUAUGGCGGUGUGUGGCGGAAGAAACCUUUUCUCGGGAUACGGAAACCUACGAGACCUCCAAGCACAACCAGAUGACGGAAUGCGGUAUGGCCUGCCGUGGAUAUUCUUACUUCCUGCUUCAGGGCAGACGAUGUUUGUGUAGUCGGGUGCAUGCCGGGGGCGUGGAGCCUAUGUUCCGUUGCAACCUAGUGUGUCCAGGCAGCUGGGAGGAGCGGUGUGGGGGAGAAGGCGUAUUCACUGCCUACAAAUUCCUCUUCAAAAACUCAACUGACGAUUUAGUGUCCAAGUUAAUUAGAUCAGAGGACAAUUGCGUUGCCUUUAAGGACGGUGAAGCAGUUACUUCGAACUGCACGAGACCAAAUGGAUUUACGUGCAACUUUCAAAACGGAACGCAGAAGACGUACAUAUCUAACAAGCCUGAAUUUGAUGUGGUGAAACCCUGGCGGGAAGCUGUGCAGUUCUGCUCAAACCAGCCCGGAAGCACAGGGCUUGCAAUGACGCCGCAUUAUCAGAAUGAAGCAUUGUUUGAAAGUGACCUACUCUGGACCUCCUUGAAUCGUAAACCGUUCUCUCCAUUGGAUCCGAUUGUUGAAGACUUCAAGCCGACCCAUAGCUAUGUUGUUCCUUUGGGCGGGUCUGACCCUAUCGACGGAAUACAGCUAAGAUUGAGCGGUGAAAUAUACCCGUUCAUUUGUGAAUUUGAUUUUCCAAACUGUGGUAUCAUUAUCGGCGAGGCUUUAGAGGGCAUCAUAACAUCUCCACAUUUCCCGGACCAUUACCCUCCCAACAUAUACUGUGUGUGGACAGUGCAAGUACCGACAGGCAUGACCAUGAAAUUGGAUUUUGUCUUCCUCGACAUGGAGGACGUCUUUGACUAUGUGACGAUUCAGGAGCCUACUGGUGUUGACCACGGACCAUAUUAUGGCCAUUUUAAGCAUCUUACUGUCGCGACAGAAGUAAAUAAAGUUACGGUAACGUUCAGAUCAGACGAUUCAUUCCAAAAGCCUGGCUUCAAACUUCAUUGGACGGCUGUGGACAUUGUGGAUGCCAAACACGCUGCUGAAGGGCCUGUAACAACAGGCAGUCGCUUAUCAGGCGGUGCAAUAGCGGGAUUGGUGAUAGGAUGCAUGUUUCUUGUCAUGCUCAUGUUCCUUUGUGCAAUUGCUGUCCGCUCGCCGAUCAUACAGAACGUCGUGUACACCUGUCACCUGCGAUGCUGUAUCGCUAAACACAG